UUGAGAUGAUGUGUCUAAUCACAUACGAAGAAGCCAAAGAUUUGGCAUUGUGUAUAGAAGCGGAAAGUAGUGAUGGAAGCAUGGAUAAAAGGGAAUUAAGUAAUAACAAGUUAGAUGAUAUAUUUAUUUGUUAUCAACAAUCGGCAAUAGAUGACCUUGAUCGAUGUUAUUUAAAUGAAAGUGGAGUCAAGGAUAACGAUGAUUUGGAUGGAGGCUAUAAGGUGAUCAACAAUAUAAUAAAUGUAUAUUCUAGUAAUAAUGAAAACCAGGAAUGUGAAAUAAAUAAAAAGUGUCGAAAUAAAUCUGAUAAAGUCAGGAAUAGUGUUGUCGAAAUGGAUAAUUGUUGGUUGGAUAAUUUGGAAGCUGAAGUUAAUAGAUUGUUGUUAGCUACAGAAAAUAAUAAGGAUUGUGGAUCGACUUGGAAGAUCCAAGUGGAUAAUAGUGACAAGAUGGAUAGAUGUACAAAAAUCAAUGAUCAUAGUAUCAAGACUAUAAUCAUUAAAGAUGAAGAAAAUAAAAAAAUAGAAAUAUGCAGAAUAAGUAAAAGGGCUGUGUCAAAUGAGAAUGUUGAGGGUAUUAUGAGUCAGGACAAUGAUGUUGUUGAUGAAAUAGAAGUGUUAAAAGCAAGAAAAUAUUAUAGAACUAAUAAGAUGGAUACUUGUGAGGCUUUACAUUAG